CUCUGAAACGAUAAGAUAACGCGGCGGCGGCGGUGCGGACGUAAUGGAUUUAUAUAUACGCAAGGAUUUGAUCCUGACCAGCAGCACCGAGCUGGAGGACGUGGUUCCGCAUUGCCGCAAGCUGCUCAUCUGGCUGAGCGCAUGUGAGGAGGAAAUGGUGUCGCAGCACCGGCGCGUGCGUCUCAGCCAGUCGCUGGUCGAGUCCAUGGUGAAGGCCACCCUGUACCUGUUCGAGUGUCACGAUCGCUUUGGGAAGGAGCUGGCGGAACGCUGCGAUUCGCAUGGUUUCUUUGGCGAGACGCCACGAGAGUACAUCCGGGAGUUGUGCGCCGGCAUAGUGAAGACACGGCACGGCGAAGAGCAUGCGCCGCUGCUGCAUGUGAUGCACAAGGCCCUGGCGGAGAUUCAGCCGGCUUGGAAUGUGAUUCGGCACCUAGACUGGACACAGAUGCGGCAUUCGGAGGCGCUGACCGGUGACGAUCUGAUCAGUGUCGAUCUGCAGCAGAUGCGCCGCCUGGUGAAGCGAAUUUGCCGGUUGACUAGCCUCCAGGACAUGGAGACAGCGCUGCAGCGCUCCCUCCAACUGAUGGGCUUUCACGUGUGGCUGCACCUCUUUCGGGAGCCCCGAGAGAGCGCCAUACACCUCGACUGUCGCCUGCUGCGCCACAUGAUCUGUGAUACGUUGACGGAGGGCACCUCCCCCGCCUGUGCCAGCUUCCUGCACAACAUCUUCAUAUUUGUCGCACUGCCCGCCAACGAGAUGAGAUUUUGGGCCUGCCUGGAGCAUAGCCACUUGGCCGCCAGCCUGAUAGCCUACCUGAUCGGCUAUUGGAUCCGACAGCUGCCCUACUUGGAUCUGGAGGAGAUGCAGCUAACUCCCGAGGCGCCUGCCCUUCAGACUGCCCAACUGCCAGUCAACGAGGCCACCUAUGUCACCCAUUUGAUGCUGGCUCCCUGCUCCCCCUGCCGCCUGCAGUUUCGCCAACAGCUGAAGCCGCUCCUGCCCACCACUGCCGGUAGUCAGCUCCUGCAGCUGCUCAAUAAAGUGGCCUACGUGUAUAGUUAAAACGGCAGCCCGGCGG